UUAGACUUAUACCACCGCGGCGCGAGAGUGAGACGGCAGCGGCGUGCGCUUCGCGUUCCGGUCAGUCAGCGUAUACCACCGGUGGUAGCGGCGGCUUCGGCGGCGGCGGUGGUUGCAGUUGGUGUGUCGUCAUCGUCAACGUGCGUAUAUAAUUAUCAUCCGUGUCGUAUUGCAUUCAUAUAAUAUAUAUUUUAAAAACGACGUGCUAUACUAUCAUAGCACCGCGACAGCAGUCGCCAUCGCUGUGCACGCGAUUGUAACAAUAUCGUCACUUGGUUGUCGCAUUGCGAUCAUAUUUACGCGUUGCGUGUUGGUGAGCUCUCGCGUGUCUCUAAGCAUAACAUAGCCAGAGACUCGCGCACUCGCGACUAAAAAUUUAUCUACGUCGUCGUCACCGAGAACUACAGAUCUCGCGCGGCGAUGGACCAGGUGGUCGACCUGAACGUCGGUGGCGUGUUCUACACGACGGCCGCGUCCACGCUGGUACAGGCGCAACCGUCGCUGUUGGCCGACCGGUUCAGCGGCCGGCUCGACCCGCUGCCCAAGGACAGCAAGGGCCGGUACUUCAUCGACCGCGACGGCGUGCUGUUCCGGUACGUAUUGGACUUCCUGCGGGACGGCAAGCUGUCGCUUCCCGAGAGCUUCCGGGAAAAGGAGCGGCUCCGGCUUGAAGCGGCCUACUACAGGCUGGACGGUCUCACCGAGCGGCUCCGGGAACAGAGGCCCGGCUACAUCACUGUCGGUUAUCGCGGCACGUUCGCAUUCGGCCGGGACGGGCUGUCCGACGUCAACUUCCGCAAGAUACCCCGGAUACUAAUAUGCGGUCGCGUGCAACUGUGUCGUGACGUGUUCGGCGACUCGCUCAACGAGAGCAGAGACCCGGACCACGGCGACACGGAUCGGUAUACGGCCAGGUUCUUUCUGAAACACACGUCUAUCGAACAGGCGUUCGACAUGCUUCAGGAACAAGGGUUCUACAUGGCCGGCAGUUGUGGAUCGGGCACAGCCGGUGGCACUUCCGCUGCCGAACUUAAACCGGGCGUGGACUCGGAGGAAUGCCGCUGGAAUCAUUACAAUGAGUUCGUAUUCGUCAGGGAUUCAUGAAUUUCGACCACCGACACCGUCACCGAGACGAGACGAGAUGACGAGGGUAACGCGCGCCCGUCGUCAUAUCAUUCAUAAUUUAUGACAUCUCAGACCAAACAUAUUAUUAUUAUUAUCAUUAUUAUUAUAAUACUAUUUUGUAGAUAUUAUUAUUAUUAUUAUUAUUAUUCUAUUUUUGUUUUCCGUUUACGUUUCUA